AUGGCCUCUUGGCCACUUAAACUUGUACCAGAUUGUCAUGCCGAUUCAAGUCAAAUUAUUUCUUCUCUAGGUGGAUAUUUUAUUCUUCAGGCCAAGAAUACAAUGAAAAGUUGUAUAGUUUGUCAUUGCAAAGUUGACGUAGUUGUGUGCAUAACCUGGAAGCUCACCAAUCCGGGUAGAAGGUGGGUUGACCCACCUCUUCCUGAUCAUUACAAGCUAGUAAUUUCAGGAUUGCUAUCAAGAAUUCGCGUCAAUGAGCAGCGAAGGAACAUGGGAAAACAAUAUGUAAUUGUGUUUGUUGUUGAUGCACUGCUCUUUGUAGUGUUAUUCUUAUCUUAG